UCUUUAUUGACUUUCCCUACCCCAUUUCUCUCUCUAUCCACAAAACUGAACGCAUAAAUAAAGGCAAAAGCCCCAUUCAUUUCUCUAGUCGCCACCUCCAACUCCAAAUCUUCAUAUGCUUUCUCCCUCUUCUCUCUUUCUUUGAUCAAAACCAAAAACAUCAAAAGCAUUCACUACCGAAACAAGAAUCACAAAAUUUAACAGACGCUUAAGUUUUUUCCAUGGCAGUUGAAGCUAAGCAUAUCAAUCUUUUUCCUUCACAACAGCAACAAAUUUUUUCGAAUCAAGUAAAUGGGUUUUCGUACAAUACCCAGAUGGCUUCUGCUUUGCCUUUGCCUACGCAAGAGAAUAGUAGUUUCUUGCCGUUUCAUCACAGUCUGAUGUGCGAUUCUGUUCAGCCCAAAACGUCCGUUAACACCGACAGUGGCCUCACUUUUAACCUUCCCCCCACUGCAAACGCCAACGCCGUUAACGCUGCUGCUACGAGAAAGCGUUCAAGGGAUUCGUUUAAUCAGUUUAAUACUUGUAAUAAUACUACUACGUCGUUUGUUGGAGAUGACGUUUUACCACUGCUUCAACAGUACCAGAUGGAUAUCGACCGUAUUAUUUCUCACCAUACUAAGAAAAUACGGUUGGAAUUAGAAGAAAGACAGAAGCAGCAAGCGAGAGUUUUAGUGGCUGCCAUUGGAGAAGGUGUGACAAAGAAACUAAAAGAAAAAGAUGAACAGAUUCAAAGAAUGGGAAAAAUAAAUUUCGUUUUACAAGAAAAAGUCAGAAGUCUGUACGUUGAAAAUCAGUUAUGGAGGGAUUUGGCACAAACAAACGAAGCAACGGCCAAUUCCCUUCGUAACAACUUGGAACAAGUGUUGGCUCACGUGGGCGAUGAACGUCUCUCCGCCGGAGGAAACGUUAUCGGAGCGGCGGUGGAGGAAGACGCGGAAUCUUGCUGCGGUAGCAGUGACCACGGCGCAGCAGCGGAAGAAGAGGAAGAAAUUGAAGGCAGGCGUACGUUAGCGGGUGAAGCGCAGGAUAACAGGAUGUGCAAGAGGUGUGGGGAGAGGGAAUCGAGUGUGUUGCUGUUACCAUGCAGGCACCUGUGCCUUUGUGCAGUGUGUGGGUCCACUUUACUCCAUACAUGCCCUGUAUGUAAUUCUAACAUGAAUGCCACAGUGCAUGUUAACAUGUCUUCCUGAUCAAUCAAAAAAAAGCCAAAAUAGGAAAGAAUUUCCAAAAGAGAGAAACUAGGAAGAGGAAAAGCAAUAGAAACAAUAGAAUUUCGUUGUAGUUAAAGAAAAUGCUAGAAUUUUAGUUUGUAAAUUCCCUCAGAAAUUGUAAAAUGCAAAUUGUUCAUUUUUUUAUC